AUGGAUGACAAGCCUGAAACCUCUGCUGCCGCCACCAAACCAACCGCCCUACACCCUACUUAUUCCGUCACUAACAUCCAGUCCAAGAUUCGUACCUUGGAUGGGUCCACGGUCACUUAUUCCUCAUGGGUCCAGCUGUUCCAGCUUCACGUAGUUGCAUACAAGGUUGUCGAUCACAUUGACAACAACAUCCUACCUCAAAUCCUGCCCAAUACAACUUCAGCUAAACAGUCUUGGGAUAAACUUGAGAAGAUUUACCUCAGCAAUAAGAAAGCCCAAGCAGCCGCACUCGAAACUCGAUUCUGCAAUCUGUCCCUCUCAGCUUGUGCCUCCCUGGAUGAUUAUUGUCAACAAUUGCUGAACCUUGCCACUCAACUUGCAGAUGUCCAUCACCCCGUCACCGAUGCACGAUUAGUCUUACAACUGGUUCGCGGUCUUCCUGCUGAGUACAACACCACUGCCUCAUUUAUCAAUAACAAGGAAGCCGACUGGGAUCUUGCUAUUUCUCUCCUUCAAGAUGAGGCCAUUCGCAUUGAAGCACAAAAAGGGACCACGUCAUCUGUUAUGGUGGCAGCGAACUCCAACAGCAACUCCUCACCACAGCCGGCUCUCACAACCACUUCUUCUGAUCACCCUAAUGAGUCUAACACCAGCAGCCAAUCCAGGGGAAGAGGUCGCGGAUGUGGCAGAAACAACUAUCGCGGCGGCGGUCGCCGUGACAACCGGGGUGGUGGGGCUGGCCGCUCAUUCUGGACAGCAGGGAAUCCUUCAGCAUACAACUCACCAUACCCAAAUUAG